AUGAAAUCGAAAUCGAAAACCCUUUACCACCUGCGUCCGAAGCUUGACGAGAUCCUUAACGAUACAGCCCCUGUCCCAUACACACUCGGCACUUUCAUUGCCUUCCUCGCUCAAAACCACUGUCUCGAAGUUCUCGAGUUCAUCCUCGAGGCCAAACGCUACCGGAAGACAUACGACUGGCUUCAAGAUCACGGGAAGGCAUGUGGUGAAGAUGGAGCGCACGAGGAGCGCCUGCGAACAGUAUGGGAUCGCAUCAUAGACACAUACAUUGAAUCCGGCGCACCGCGCGAGAUCAAUGUGCCAAAUGAAACCCGUGAGGAGCUAUUGGAGUACACCAAAACCAACGACUCUAUACCCCCACCGAGUCUCCUGGAUAAUGCCGUUCAACACAUGCACGAAUUACUACGAGAGUCGAUCCUGAUCCCCUUUCUCCGGAGCUGCUCGGGUACCUCCCAUGUCCAGCCGCUAUCAGUGCCAUGCCUCAGCGGCACCGAGCGACUAUCCCCUAGUCCCAGGGCUUCCGAUGAUACGGCACGCCGGCGGUCGAAGCUCAGUGGUCUCAUUCCAUCCUCCCCAGCGGACAUGUAUUCCUCCGAUGGAUCGGAACCGCCAACAAGGUGUAUAUCACGAGACACAAGCUCUCAAGGACCACCUGGCUCGUCCUCUUCUGAAAUCGCACGUGAGAUCACCGGUGGUCAAGAUUGGGAUGUAUUACCGAAUGGUGUAGGAACAGAGAUGUGGCACGCAAAUACAGCGCCGGAGAGAAAGAGACGCUCCCCAGAGUCACCUAAGAAAAGAUGGCCUCGCUUACAUGGAUUUACGAAGCAUUUCCGGCGUUCUUCUGAUUGA